GGCAGCAGCCGCCGCCGCCAGUGCUGCGGCCGCUGCGGCCGCCGCGGCAGCGGCGGCGGCAGUCGCCGGCCGGCCUGUCGCCGCCACUGCUAACACUACCGCACCAGCGGCGCCGUCACACCCCCCCGCUGCCGCCUCCGCCGACGCAGCUGCGGCCGCCUCCGCCAAGGCCGCGGCGCGUACGGCAGCCUUCGGCCAGGUGUUGCGCUCCAAGGGCUUCGUGUGGGUGUCGGGUCGCGACGACCACGUGGGCGAGUGGAGCAGCGCGGGUAACCUGAUGCGCUUUGGUACGGGAGGACCCUGGUACGACGUACUGCCCAGGGAGGCCUGGCCCAGCGAGCCCGCGCAGGUCGCUGACAUCAUGCGGGACUUCCAGCCAGGCAUUGGGGACAGGCGUCAAGAGCUGGUGUUCAUCGGUAUUGACAUCAACCGGGAGGCCCUAGCAGCGGCACUGGAGGGCUGUCUGGUGGUGGAUGAGCGAGAGGAGCAGCGGGUACGGCAGGCGGCUGCAGCAGCGGCAGGAGGCGCGGGAGGCGGUGCGGGAGCUGGCAGGAACACGCUGGACCCCUUCCUUCCCUGGCCGGAUAUCAAGGACAUCAUGGAUGCGGGCGGCGAUGAUGAGGGUGGUGAUGAUGAUGAUGAUGAUGAUGAGGAGGAGGAGGAGGAGGAGGAGGAGGAAGGGGAUGCCGCAGACGAGGAGGAGGAGGACGGGGAGGAGGAAGAGGAAAGCGAGGAGGAGCCCAGCCUCCUCAGUUCCUGGUGCCCCGGGGAGGUGCUGCGGGGGCUGAGCGGCGGAGCGGCGGAGCUUCAACAGCUGUUGGACGAGUGUUGCAGCGCCGGUGAGGCGGAGGAGGAGGAGGAGGAAGGGCAGCAGAGCCAUCAACAACAGCAGGGGCAGGCCGCUCCCGCGGCCGUGCUGGUGUUGUGGCACGCGCCCUGGGCUGCCGCCAGCAGCGGUGUGGCGGCCCAGGAGCUGCCGCAGCUGGCCGCCCAGUACGGCACCCAGCUGGUGUGUGUGGAGCUGGAUGUCACCGCGUCGCAGGCCAACGAAGCCCUAGCAGUCAGCGGUCUCAAGCUGGUCUCCCUGCCCGCCUCGUCACGUCGCGGCGGCAGCAGCGGCAGCGCAGCCCACGCACGCCCCACCCUGCGUGAUGGCUCCAAGUGGCCCGCGCUGACCCUACACCGCCCGCCGGCGCUGCAGCCGGAGGGAUACUUCGCGGGUCCUAACGCGGUUUCGGAGCUACGAGAGGAGCUGAGCAGGCGGCAACCUGAGUGGCAGCGGCAGAAGAAGGCGGAGGCGGGGGCGAAGGCGGCGGCGGCAGCGAGCGUUCCGGUGUUCGAGUUGCGGCGAGGUGCCGGCGAGCUGAAGGCCAAGCUGCAGGCACCUCGGGACGCCGGCAGCCUCCUGGUGCUUGCCUGGCUCUCCGCAGCAGCCCCGCAGGAGCAGCAGCAGCAACCGCAACGUGCGAACCUCCGUGACCAGAUUACCGCCGCGUGUUCCCGGUACGGCAGAGGCAGCAGCAGUGCUGCCGUACAGCUGGUGUUUGCGGACCCCGGCGCCUCUCCCGCUAAUAAGGCCCUGGCGGAGGCGCUGCGAGUGACGGCGGCGGCUGGGGCAGCAGCAGGAGCAACAUCAGGAGAUGGAUCGUGUGUUACGAUCCAAUCGUAUCGCGACAUGAAGGCCCUUGCAAAGCCGAUCAAGGGACAGGAUGCGGCGGUCAUGCUAGAGGUGCUGCUGGGGGAGCUUCUGCAACGGUCACCGCAGCCGCCGCCGGCGGCGGCGGCGACAACGUCAGCAGCACCGGCGGCAGUGCCGUCAACGCCAACGUCGACGUCGGUGGCGGCAGCAGCGGCGGCGGCACCUGCGAGCGCCGGCGGCGGCAGCGCAGCGGGUCCCAGCGGGGCCCAGGCGCCUGAUGACCCUAGCAUCUACGACCCACCAUCGGGCAAGUACGCCAAACCCGGCACCUACAAGCAGUUCGGGCCGCGGGGUCGCGGCGUGUACUGGCCCCGCAUGCCCUGCCUGCGCUGCGGCUGCCCCUGGUGGCUGGGAGAGGAUUGGGACGCGGAGUGCGUGAGGUGCGGUUGGGACUGCGAGGCAGACGGGUACGACGACGAUUCAAAUCCGCUGCCGCCGUACAAGGCCAAGUACGACACUUUCACGGCGGCGCUGCGGAGCGGCAAGACACCGGUGUGGCGAGGGAAGCAUGUGGGGCCGCGGGGGUGAUGUUAAGGGGACAUGGGGGAGGUGAGAGAAAUGAAAGAAGAUUUCAGGUCACGGGGAAGAAUUGCAGCAGGUAAUGGGAGAGUAGGUAGUAUUUCGGGCAGGUGAGGAAAGGCCGGAACAAGGGAAACCAGCCUAUGUGCAAAGUGCAGGAAGCGGAGCGAUAUAUAUGCUGUUCAGAUAGCCGUGGGUUCGAGUUUGCUGGUUGUUGCUGCUUAGGGGAAGUGCGUCUAGUAGGACGUUAGGCCGCGCUUCGGCGCAAAGCAGCGCAAGUGUUAAAGGCGUCGCGCCGGCAUUUCCAUUGUACUUUCGUUUGCGUACGCUAAUUGGAGUACUGCACGGGAUAGGUUGUAGUGCUCAGCUGAGCGUGCGCUGACACAUUUUGUGAAGUCGAAGUACACGACGAGAAGGCAGCAUCCUGGGGAAACCACCGGCGGUGGCGGUGAUUAACUUUAAAAGCUGUUCGGGAAUAAUCUGGGCUUGUGGACCUUGUGGAAGUACCUGUUACAAAUGCUUCAUGCGUCAUCGCCGCGGCGAUGUCGGCCGAAACCGCAGUCAAACCCGUGAAAACCCUAAAAGCGUCUAUCAGUCAGUACAUGACAAGUUGACAUGCCAACGAGUUGCGUGCUCACUUCUUGUGAAAAUUAAUGGUUGUAAAAGUGGC